AUGUAUCAAGCAGGCUUCAAGGAGAUUGAGGAUUAUCUAAAGAAAGCCAUUGAAGGUGGAUUCACAACAGUUAACUUAAGUCACAGACAACUUACAAUCCUUCCAGACUCCUUGCAAAAGUUGCACAAAGUCAGAAUCCUGCUCCUAAACGACAACAGGAUCAUCAUGCCUCCUGCAGAACUUGUGCAUUUGACUAAUCUACGAGAAUUAUUGUUAGAUCACAACCAACUGACUCUUCUACCAAGCGGUUUUGGAAAACUUGUGAAUUUAAGAGUUUUGUGUUUGAGCCAUAACCAUCUUGGAUUCCUGCCCUCGGAAAUUGGUGAUUUACAAUGUUUAGAGGAACUGUGGAUUGUUAACACCCAAUUGAUGUCUUUACCAAAUGAAAUAUGUAAACUGGAAUCCUUAAAAAAACUUGGUGCUGGACGUAAUAGUAUUUCCACUUUACCUGAAAAGAUAUCUAACUUAUUUCACCUGAAAUGGCUUGGCUUGAACAGCAACCAGUUAUCUGACCUACCCAGUCAUUUUAACAAACUUCCAGAGCUUGCGCAUAUUGAUCUUGAAAAAAACCACUUCAAUAAAUUCCCAGAAUCUCUGUUUGGACUACAUUCCCUCGAAGUUAUAAAUCUGAAGUCUAAUCAGCUGAUGUCUAUUCCUAAAAAUAUAGUAAAGACAUUGCCAAAGCUGUGUAAAGUAGAUUUAAGAGAGAAUGAUAUUUAUCUGUUACCCAAAGAACUGGAAAAACUGAGGAUUUUUGUCAUUGGAAAAGGUACUGGUGCAUGUGAAGACCUUGAAGCUGAUGAUAGUUUAGUUGUAACUGUGAGAAAAAGACAGCGACGAAAAUGGAAUCAAGGACUAUAAUAAUAUUACACUAUGAUAUUGCAUUUUAAAUAAAAUGCUUAAAUGAAAAGAUUAUGUCUAAAAUAAUAUUUUUUCUCCAAAUUAGUAUUUAUAAAAGAACUUUUUAAGAUGUUAGUUUACUCGUCAGGGACAACUUUUU